UCCCUGUCUCUCCUUGGCUGUGCUGCUCAGAUCUUCUUCUUUCUCUUCUUUGGAACAACAGAGUUUGCUUUGCUUGUGGCCAUGUCCUAUGACCGAUUUGUGGCCAUCUGCCGCCCCCUACACUAUGGCAUCAUCAUGACGCCAGCACGUUGUGUCUGGGCAGCAGCUGGCUCAUGGCUCAGUGGGCUUAUCUAUUCAGCUGUCCACACUGGGAACAUGUUCCGCCUGCCCUUCUCAGGACCCAAUGUGAUCCACCAGUUUUUCUGUGAUGUCCCUCAUGUCUUGAAAGUCUCAGCCUCUGAUGUGUUUCAUACUGAGUUUGUAUUAAUUGUAGCAAGUUUGUGUUUUUUGCUAUGCUGCUUUGCCUUUUUAAUUGCAUCAUAUGUUCGCAUCAUUUCCAGUGUGCUCAAGAUUCCUUCUGUGGAAGGACGCCACAAGGCCAUUUCAACCUGCUCCCCUCAGUUGGCAAUCCUUAUGUUGUUUCUCAUUUCUAUAAUGAUUGCAGUCCUCAAGGACACAUCAGACACCUCACCUAUAGAAAACCUUUUAAUUGCUAUGGCCUAUACAAUACUGCCCCCGUUUAUGAACCCCGUCAUUUAUAGCCUGAGGAACCAGAACAUUACAGUUGCUAUGGGCAAAAUGAUCAGGGGGAUGUUUUUUCCCUAA